CCUAACCAUGAUGUCAUGACCAUCAUACCUUGCGGUGGUCGGAGGAGGUCGUCCUUUGACAUUUGUGGGGGCAAAUAUUUAGUAUUCGGAAGAUUUCCCGGGAUUUUCGUUGUUUAUUCGAUGGUUUAAGGAAGUGACCAUGGCGGGAGACCUUCCUAGUAUAUCGUACAUGGCGCUGUAUAUAGUUUCAGCGAGCGUUGUAACGGACUCGCGCUCGGCGACCCACUGGAGGUUGGACCAAGAACGGGGGCUGGUCAGGCCGGCAGGGACAGAAGACGUCUCCGAUCUCUUAGUAGGGGAGGGCGAAACCACAGACCCGCUUCUUGGCAUCUUAACAAGAAAUACUCAAAGUCCCUGGGAGGAUUCGAACCCGGGAGCGAUAGACGGAGCCUGUAGCACAUGUGGAAAGUUCGGAUCUGGCAGAAUUAGUGGACAAGAAAGAUUGUUAAAACUUGAAUCAGAAACGACGAUCCUGACCUGUGGUGAUGCAGUAAACGAAACGCAGUACGACCACCUGGACGGCAUCGCACAACGACACAAGCACAAGUCCCACCCAGAACCCGAGGUCGCCAUGAUCUUCAAGAAAACAGAAGGGGACGAGAUUGACAUGAACGCUCUAGAACAAAAUCUGAGGAUGACCCUUGAUGAGAAUCCCAAGUCGAUAGCCGUGUACAACCAGAUAGGGAACUUCUUCCGAAUACGCGGGAACACCUUCUCAGCCAUAGAAUGCUUCCGGAAGGCGUUGUCUCUGUCGCCUAGCAACCCGGACAUCCUGCUGAACCUGGCGCGAGUGUUGUUUAACCUCCAGUAUCUGGACGACGCCAUCCACCUGACCAGACGGUCGCUGGAACUACAGCCUCCGGGACAGAACUGUUGGCUGCAUCAUUUUACACUGGGUGAAAUACUAAAAGCAUACGGGAACUACCACGAGGCCAGUAUCCACUUCAGACAUGCCCUGGACUUAAAUCCUUCCUUCCUACCUGCCAGGGCCCACCUACAGUCGCUGGCCAACCCCCAGACCUCCUCAGCAACGGUAUACACUGCAGUCAUCAUCAGCUGCCUGAUCGUGGGGGUGCUGAUCUGUUUAUGGCACAGCCUGGACAUCUGCCAUCACACGUGCGGAAGCCCCACCAGGAAGACCCUCCGAACGGUCGACUGGGACCGCAGCCGAAUCUCUAUACCCUCCCGCGUGAUACGCUUCAAAAAAGUUUGACCGAAAAAAUUAAAACUUCCGUGUUAAAAAAGCCAUAUUCUUGACCAACUCAAUGGUACCACUGAAUGAUUUUGGUACUGAAAAAAUAGACAAUGUUGUCGCCCAGAAAGCGACACCUCCAACUGAAAAAGAUGGAUGAAACUUCGUUUUUCACGAUAUGUAAAUUGCAUGGAACUUCUUAAAAAAAGGUGGUGAAACAUGACUGUCCUUCAACAGUGAGUUUACAAGUGCUGUUUGAGAUUAGACAACCUACAUGUAUCUAUAGACAAGAUGGGCAAAUGUUUUGUUGUUUUGUAACAGAAGUAUUUCUGAAUGGCUACCUCUACAAGGAAGUCGUUUAUAGGACUCUUAAGUUUCCUAUUGCAGUGGAAAAUGACAAGACUUGUUAUGAAUGUUGAUGAAAGCAGGUUGAAAAAAAUCCUGGACUGCAGUAUGGUUAAGGGCCAGUAGAGGUCUCUGUUUUGCAUAUGUAGGUCGAAAACCACAUGGUCAAUUUGUGAAACAUAACAGUUACCUAACCCUUCUCAGUUUCAACCACACCCAUCUUUGUCAUUACAAUAGUGCCAGUAUUUUUGUUCACAAAUUUGUUGCAAACUUUUUACCCACUGAAAUAUAAGGUGACCACUAGUACAUGAAACGGCAAAACCUGGGGUCUAGAUCACCUUGAACAUUUGUAGUCCAUUGUUUAUUCUAAUUUUAACUGAAAGUUUUAUGAUUUGAAAAUAUAUAUAUAUUGUUCAGUUGCAAAGAUGUUUGUUGAGAGAGCAUGAGGACUUAUUACCAGUAUUUAAUGUGAAAAAAAAGGAAUAAAAGUACUGUUGUUGGUUCCUUGUA